AUGUCUCAGGAAAACAACAACGACGUUCAGGCAUUCGAAGACACUAGUCACUAUACGCGGAACCACUAUCAGUCUACAUCGUUAAAUCAGCUCACGAAUAGUAUAAGUUCAGCAGUCUCCCAGCUUGAAGCCGAAAACAGAGUGAGUAAAAAGAUUGUGAAAAAUGGUCGAUUCGUAGAUGAUGAUGGAUUUGAAAAUCCAGGUCAGAAAGCUCCGAGAGGAAAAUCUAAAUCUGAGAUCUUGAUAACAAAAAAGAAGAUUGCUAGAAGUACAUUCAAGUACUGUCAGACGAUCGCCAAAAAGACUAGCAGGAAAACUAUUGGCAACAUGGACUGGCACUCUGAAGCUCCUAUUGAUAAACAAGCGCUCCAUGAACGACUACAAACCAUAAAGACAAUGUGCGAACUGUGCGAAUCAAUCCUGGGUAUAAAGCCAUCGAUCGGUUAUCAUCCGCAAGGUCAAGCCCAGAACCAUUUACAGAUGCGCCCUCAAAAUGGAGAAGGCUUGAUGCCUACGUUUCCCUUUGGAGCACACUCGAUGUUGACCACUAAACCGCCAACACCAGAGCGCAUGGUGGAAGAAACCAAUAGACCCUCUUCUCCAUCGCAUAGUCAUGAUAAUAGUACUAGUGUCAAUCUUGUCGAUAAUUUUUCGCCUGCCUUUUUGGACAUAGGCGAUACUGACGAACAAACAAACAAUUAUAAUAAUGACAACAAACCAAACUUGCAAAUGCCUUCCCUUAAUGGAAUUAAUAAUAAUAACCGACGCAACAACUUUAAUAAUUAUAAUAAUGGUAGCAGCAGCAGCAACAAUAGUAUUAAUAACAAUUCGUACAAGAAGAAGUCAGCAUUUACCGUGUGGGUUGCAUGGCGAGGUCGCCCAUCAAGCGAUGCACAACUGCGACAGAUAUUCAGUGGGCUAGAUAUAAAGGAUGUCCGGCCAUCUCCAAAUAAAUCCUUUGCCCACAUCGAUUUUAGUACAGCGGAGUCAAUGAACAAAGCGCUAGAAAGGAAUAACGAGGAUAUUCCAAAUUUUGGUCAUUUGCGUGUAGAGAAAGGCAAUCCCCACCCCCGUCCAACAAUGGGUAAAAACCACUCCCUUCCCUCCUCUUCUUCCACCCCGCAAUCUUCAUCCUCUCUCCAAUCUCCCAACUCUCCCCAAUCUCACUCGUCCCCCAAACAACCUUUGUUCUCCUCUAUUCCGCCCCUAUCCCAAACUCCCACGUCCUUCCCAGACAACAGACCGAGACAACAAAAUCAGCAAAAUCGGAAAAAUGAAUACAAUAGAGGCGCAUACUCGACUGCGUUUACGAGUCGGCAGAAUAGUAGUAAUAUUAACUUUGACGAUGGUAUGGACGAAAACCAAAAGGCAUCUUCUAUUAAAAGUUGGCAAGAUAUGGCCGCACAAUCACAAGGAACAACGAGUAUUCCCAAUCAUCAAGAGCAUAAAGGGAAUAAUGGCGAUAUGUAG